AACAGUUAUGAUAAAUUUAAUGUCAUAAAAAAUAGUAAUUUAUAUUAAUUCAAUUGGUGUUUUUCUAUUGUUAAAAUUAUUAUUUUUUAUUAAUUAUAAUUUCUCGUAGAAUAUAUACUAUAAUAAUAUGUUUUAUUGCAUAAAACGUAGUAUCAAGGCAAUUGAGAAUGUUGGAGUAGUUUUAAAAAACUACAGCAAUGGUACAAAUGUAGCAACACUUAAAGGUGGCGAAAAAAUUUUGCAUCAGUCAUUACAAAAAAAAUUUCCCCUUGCAAAAGAAAUUAAAAUUAAAGAUAUAUCAGGAGGAUGUGGAGCGAUAUUUGAAGUUUAUGUUUCAUCAACAGAAUUCAAAGGAUUGAGCAUAGUAAAACAACACCAGGUUAUCAAUGAAGUAUUAAAAAAUGAAAUCAAAUCAAUGCAUGGUAUAAGAAUUCAUACAGAAAUUCCUAGUGAAUAGUAAACAUUAUAAUUUUAGUUGUUUUUAUUUUUAUAGAAAACUGUUAAGUUUUUAUGUUUUUAAAUUUUUAUCAUAUAUAAAAAUAUUAUACAACAAAAUUUUA